CGUCAGUGGAACAAAACGCAACAUCCACAACUGACCCAUGCCCAGUACUGCAUUGUAUUUCCAUAAAACAUAUACGAUUUACAAAUUCUCUGAUCUAUUAAUCCAUCACGGCCGGUAGGACAGGCCGGAAUGUCCCAAACUAUUGGCAAGACACGUCUGGCAUACAACCGCGCAUGGCACGUAAUCGAUGUUGGGACUGAUACACGGCCGCUUGGUCGUAUUGCAACACAAAUUGCCCUUGUCUUGAUGGGCAAGCACAAACCGAUUUAUGAUCCUUCUACAGACUGCGGAGACUAUGUGGUAGCUGUAGGAUGCCACGACCUACACACAACCGGCAAGAAAAGAGAAAAGAAGAUGUACUACACACAUAACACGAGGCCAGGAAGCCUGAAGUCAAUAAGCAUGGAUGGGCUGUUCAAGAAAUGGGGUGGCUCAGAGGUGCUGAUCAAGGCUGUGAGCGGCAUGCUGCCAAAGAACAGACUACGGAAACCCCGUCUAGCACGAUUAAAAGCAUUUGAAGGCAACGCUCACCCCUACAAGAAGAAUAUCUUGAGGCUCGGUCACCCUGGUGCGCGGCCCGCCGGAGAACCUACAUUGCGACCAACGUCGAUAAUAGCGGAACUAGCAGUGGAGGCACAAGCAGCAAAAGCCGGAAAGAGUCAGGGGACUUCAUCGUAGGAAGUGACCGUUUUCUUUAUCACUUGAUAACGCAUCAUAAAUUUUGGGACGGAUCGUUCGUAUGAUGUAUAAUAUUAAGAGCUUGUACAUCAGCUAUAGAAAUGCAUAUUGCCCGCCUUGGCGAGGCUAAAGAUUCUCAUAAU